AUGAAGAUCGCCCAGUGUAUCGCUAUCCUGGCCAUGGCCUCUGCCAGCCUAGCGACCCCUACCCCCACCAAGCGUGAUGCUAAUGUUGAUAUCGAGAGCUAUCCUUAUGACUUUGGAUUCCUGGAGGAGAAACGGGGACCAGCCGAGGAAAAGCGUGCCGUUGAUAUCGAGUCUUACCCCUAUGACUUUGGCUUUUUGACCGAGGAGAAGCGUGAUGCUCCAGAGAAGAGAAACGUUGAUAUCGAGUCUUAUCCCUAUGACUUUGGCUUCCUGAGCGAAGAAAAACGUGAUGCGCCGGAGAAGAGAAACGUUGAUAUCGAGUCCUACCCCUAUGAUUUCGGCUUCUUGAGCGAAGAGAAGCGUGACGCCUCGGAGAAGAGAAAUGUUGACAUUGAGUCUUAUCCCUAUGACUUUGGGUUCUUGUAA